AUGAAGAAACCUAAAAAUAAUCAUUCCACUAAAAAAUAUACGAAAAAAGGAGGAAUUCUUGAUCUUAAUAAGUAUCUUGGAGAAAAAGUUUUAGUUAAAUUUCAUGGUGGUCGUGAAGCAAUGGGUAUUUUAAGAGGAUUCGACGCCUUGUUUAACCUUGUACUUGAUAAUGUGGAUGAACGACUUAGAGAUCGCGAGGACUGGCAUCUUUUAAAUGAAACUAGAUCACUUGGAUUACUCGUCUGUCGUGGGACGACUGUGAUUCUUAUUUCACCAGCUGAAGGAAUGAAAGAAAUUUCUAACCCAUUCUUGAAAGAUGAUUCAGUACAAGCCGAUGAUAAUAAUAACGAUGUCAAAGAAGAAUAA